GAAAGAAUAACCGCACACCAGCAGACGACAUGGUGUACAUUGAGAGAGCAGAGGAGAAUCUAAAGCAGAAAGGAGUGGUACGAAGACAGUUCCCAGUGAAGCUGGCCUUUGCAUGUACAAUACAUAAGGUACAGGGUAUGACAACCACAUCAGCUGUUGUCUCUCUUAAGAGCAUUUUUGAGCCCGGCAUGGCCUACGUAGCUGUCAGUAGAGUGACGUCUCUCAGUGGACUGUAUCUUCUUGAUAUGGAGGAGAAAAAAAUAUUCACCAACCCAGAAAUCACUGCAGCACUUGAGAACAUGAGACAAGCCAACCUUGAUGACAUGAUGCCUCUUCUACACGUGAGACAAACACUGAGCAGGUUGAAGCACCAGUCAGUGCUCUGAUUGUAGUUGUAUACAGACCUCCAGACUACACUCUGAGGCCAUUCCUGAAAAACCUGGUAAGCCUAUUAGACUCAUUAGAGAUCAUGGACUGUCAUCCCAUCAUAGUGUGUG